GCUGCCUGGCGCACGCGCAGUAUGCGGGGCUGGGGAAUUCAUGUGGAGGUCAGAGUGAAAGCAGGUGCAAGUGGAAGCAACAGAAGGAGUCAUGGCUGCCAAAGUGUUUGAGUCCAUCGGAAAGUUCGGCCUGGCGUUAGCAGUUGCAGGAGGCGUGGUGAACUCUGCUUUAUAUAAUGUGGAUGCUGGACACAGAGCUGUCAUCUUUGACAGAUUCCGUGGUGUACAGGACAUUGUGGUGGGGGAAGGAACUCACUUUCUCAUCCCUUGGGUACAGAAGCCAAUUAUCUUUGACUGCCGCUCUCGACCGCGGAACGUACCCGUCAUCACUGGUAGCAAAGACUUGCAGAACGUCAACAUCACACUACGCAUCCUCUUCCGGCCGGUGGCCAGCCAGCUUCCUCGGAUCUACACCAGCAUCGGCGAGGACUAUGAUGAGCGGGUGCUACCGUCUAUCACCACAGAGAUCCUCAAGUCGGUGGUGGCUCGAUUCGAUGCCGGAGAGCUGAUUACCCAGCGAGAACUGGUCUCCAGGCAGGUGAGCGAUGACCUCACAGAGCGAGCAGCGACAUUUGGGCUCAUCCUGGAUGACGUGUCCCUGACACAUCUGACCUUCGGGAAGGAGUUCACAGAGGCGGUAGAAGCCAAACAGGUGGCUCAGCAGGAAGCGGAGAGAGCCAGAUUCGUGGUGGAAAAGGCUGAGCAGCAGAAGAAGGCGGCCAUCAUCUCUGCGGAGGGAGACUCCAAGGCCGCGGAGCUGAUCGCCAACUCGCUGGCCACGGCCGGCGACGGCCUGAUUGAGCUGCGCAAGCUGGAGGCAGCUGAGGACAUUGCGUACCAGCUUUCCCGCUCUCGGAACAUCACCUACCUGCCAGCGGGGCAGUCCGUGCUCCUCCAGCUCCCCCAGUGAGGCCGGCCGGGCCAUGGCCACCAUCAUCCUGAAUGACGCCUUCCUUCUGCCCCGCCCCAGAAAUCACUGUGAAAUUUAAUGAUUGGCUUAAAGUGAAGGAAAUAAAGGUAAAAUCACUUCAGAUCUCUAA